UUAAAGGAUCCGUGUGCGCUGUCAUGGCACAAUAUUCAAGAGCGAGACUACAGCAGAGCAUGAAAACACUGUCUCCUGUGGAAGCGAUGGCUACGAAUGACCCCCUGCCGCCAGGAUGGGAGAUCAAGAUUGACCCUCAGACCGGCUGGCCGUUCUUUGUGGAUCACAACAACCGCGUAACGACGUGGAACGACCCGAGACAUGACUCUAAGAAGGUCAUUCAGCUUUCUUCCAGUAGCCCAUGUGCACCUACAGAGUUAUCCCCUCAAGACAAGCACAAGACAUUUAUUCAGGAGAUUAAACAGCCAACACUGCGCCAAGGUUACAUCCCAAUCCCUGUCAUCCAUGAAAAUUUUGAGGCCAGGCCACAUCCACUUUCCUAUAAGCACCCAAUGAACCCGCAAAACUUAAGAGCAGAAGGACGGACUCCAUCCCCAACCCCCACGGCACACUGCCGGCCAAGAUCUCCAGUGCAGUCCCCAUCAGAGAUUGAUACUCACUGCUUGUCCUGCUCACCUGUUUCACAGGGACCUGAGAUUCAUCAUGUCCACCAUCCUUCUCAGGGGACACAGUCUCACACUAACUCCCUUCACCAGCCUUCCAGACCCAGCAGCACAGGCCUCCAGGCAGGCUACAUUCCUAUUCCUGUCAUUCACGAGGGGGCAGGUGGCGUCCCACAUACCCAGCUUAACCAGACCGUCCAUCCAAAGCGCUUUACCCAGACAGAGUACCAACCCUCCUUUCACUGCCACCAACCAGAGGAGUGGAGCCGUGGCCCUGUGUUUGCCACGCGGGAAAAAAUCCCAACCUAUCGGGAGCAAGUGCCCAUACAACUUGAGCAGAAUCGCUCAGCCAGCCCUAUCUUACAUCCUCAUACUGUAAGGGCUCAGGAGCCAGUCAGAGCACAGAUCAUGAGUGAGAGACCUCAGGCCCAGUCACAUUUUGCACAUACAGAGAUCCCGCCCAAAGUUGAACAGUCAUACGAGCAGCCUGUCAGCCCAGCAACGGAGAUUCCUAUUAGGAGAGUCAGUGAAGCACAGCCGCCUGAAGCACAUCCUGUAUCACCAACCACACAUCAGCCCAUACAGGAAUUUGAACAGGCACCUAUACAACAGUUUGAGCUACAACCUGAGCAACUACCACAACAGAUGCCAGAGACUACCAAUAUCUACAUGCAGGUACCUUUGACAUCAGAACCUCAAGACGCUACUCCACAACCAGAAGUUUUACCUCCACAAGCUCAGCCUGAAGAAAAGGCAGAGCCAUGCUCAGCCCACCCGGGACUGGUAAAAGUACAGGCAAUAUUGGAGCGGGUGGAGAAACUGGCACAGGAUGUGAAGUGUUUUGAUGGGAGAAAGAAUGAUAAAAGAUAUCUGAUGCUGGAGGAGUUUUUGACCAAAGAAUUGCUGGCUCUGGACUCAGUAGACCCAGAAGGACGUAUAGACGUGCGCCAGGCUCGGCGUGAUGGCGUUCGCAGAGUACAAACCAUUCUUGAGGAACUAGAGGCCCUCAGUGAAAGCUGCACUGAAACUACUAGCUCAGCUCAGAAAGGAGAGCCUAGCUUGAUUGGCCAGGCAGACAUGGAGAAGGCCAAGGAGAUCUCGUAACCUCAAACCGAAGCCCUACAAUGAAAGUACAAAAACAAAUCACAUCUCCUCAGUCUCCUUCGCCUAUUAUCACUUGCAUGCACAAUUAAUUUAACUGUUCUGUUGGCUGAAAAUGAAUAUAAUUUGUUUACCGAGUGCAAUUAUGUGUGCUGUUAUGUGAUGCUGCUGUUGUGGAAUUUCACCGUGCAAGUGUCUUGUAGCAGGACCAUAGUGGUGACCUUGUAGUGACUUGGUUUCAACCUGAAACUCAGUCUCGAAUAAGAGGCCUUUAAUAAAAUGCAAAUGCUUUAUUUUUGCUUCUACUUUUGGGAACGCAUCUGUUGUUUGCCUUUUGUCAUUUUUAACCAUGCAGAAUGGUUGAUAAGGAGAUUUUAAAGAUUCCAGUCAGAGUACCCAUGCUUUAUUAGAAGACACUGAAUUAUCUGAGUUUAGAGAUUUCUCGGAACUGAAACCUCUAAACUCAGUCUCCUUAAAUAUGUAUUCUUUGCACUUUGCAAACGUAUGGACACUGAUCAGAGAAGUUUAUGCAUCAUGGAGUUUUACACAGAAUAUUGUGAUUUUGACAUUUGUCAAUAUCGUUAUAAAUUGUUGAAUGAUAAAGAGGAUAAUGUUAUAUUUCUACUCUAUUUUUUGUGCCAAAACGAACAUUUUUACAUUUUUCCAAUGGUAAAAAUGUCCUCCAUCUCCAUUAAUAUGUAUUCUCCUGUUGAAAAAAAUAUAUAUGUAUAAAUAAAAGAUCUGAAAAAAACAUA